CUUAAACAUAAUAUAUGCCGUAAGAACUAUAUCGGCUUGGAUUAUGUGUCUGCAUAAUUAUAGCUGCGUUGACGUUCUUCUGCUCAAGUAACGGAAUGACGUCACAUCAUUGACGUCUGGUAACACAUGGACUACUCACUUUUGAGAGCCGACCUUCUUGAACCAAAUCAGUUUGUGUUCGACUGAUCGAAUAUAAUCCGGUGCUUUCACAGUACAUUCCCAGAUCAUGUCUUAAAAUAUAAAUAUAUAUUUUAAUUUUAUUACUUAAAUGCACCUUUUUUUGAUUCGUGAACGUGUAAAUGUCUGGUGUUUGAACGAAGCUGUCACACCCAGUAAGGACGUGUUCAGAAUGAACAAGUCGUUCGUUACUCACCAACUCCGAAAGCCAUUCGCGGUUGUCCGGAAAGCUAGUUUUGUUUUCAGCCAAGCAGUUAUACCAUUUGAGAUGGAAGGAGAUGAGUGCAGCUUCCCCCCAGACUCAUCAGAUGACCACUCGCAAAGAGGAAGUGUUGCUUCUUCUGCCACACUCUCCCAUUCCCAAGAUGUGCUCAUCUACCUAUUUGGCGACAGCGUAGUGCACUUAUCUGUAGAAGGGCUCGGCAGUGUUACUGUAAUGGAGUUGGGCCGCUCUGUCCGAGAAGCUCUUCAUGUUCCGGAGUGUGCUCAGGAUGCCUUUGCCUUUUGGCUGUCAUCUCCCUUGCUUGAGCUGCAAUUAAAAGCAAGGCAUCAACCAUACAAGUUGUGUCGCCAGUGGCAAGACUUGCUGUAUCGCUUCACUGAAGCAUCAGAAGACGACAUCUCACAAGAUGAGCCAUGUCUACAAUACCGCCGGAAUGUGUUCUAUCCCAAAUCUAAAGAGCUGCAGAUAGAAGAUGAAGGAAUACUACGACUGCUGUAUGAGGAGGCUAAGAGUAACAUCAUCACAGGAAAAUAUCCCUGCGAUCCUGAACACUCAGCCACUCUCGGAGCCUUGACUCUUGCUAUUAAUGAGGGCACAGGCCUGGAUGGGCAGACAUUGACUACUAGAAUACGAGAGAAGAAGCUGUCUUCUUUUCUACCAGCGCACAUUGCGAUUGGGGGUGGUGGUUUAUUCUCCACGUUGAGAGGAAAGUUGAGCCGUCAAGCAGGGCUAGAGCAGAGCCUGUUUGAAGAAUACAGAAAGAUCAACACAUCUGCUGGAGACUCUCAGCAACACUCGAAGCUUCUUCACCAGUACCUCAGCAUAUGUCACAUGCUGCCUUACUAUGGUUGUGCUUUCUUUGAGGGGGAGAUUGACAAGCCCGUCCAAGGUAUCCUCAAGAGGGGAAAACGCAAAUCUGUCAGCGUUGGUAUCUGCCUCGAGGGAGUCUAUGUGAUGGAUGUGAAAGAGAAGCAUGUAUUGCUUGGCCUGCGCUUCAACGAGCUAUCCUGGGAUCACAGCUACCCUGAGGAGGAGGGCGAUUCACAUAUUCUUUGGCUUGAGUUUGAUGGCGAUGAAGAUGGCACUCCAGUCAACAAGUUACUGAAGAUUUACUCCAAACAGGCAGAGCUUAUGAGUGGCUUCAUUGAGUUCUGCGUGGAGCUGAGGUCAAUGUCUGAGGUAGGAGCUGCGACAGAAACAGACGGUGAGGCAAGUCUUUCUCAACAAGCCUCUGGCCAAGAGGGCAGCAGCAAGAACGGACGUGGCGGGCGGCGUGGGAUGCUCCGUCGACAGGGCAGUGUCAUGUGCAGCCGGGUCCAUUCACUUCACACCAUCAACUAUGUGGACAAUGGAAAAGAGAUCAAAUGCUUAAAGCCAAAAAGAGCUGCAUCCUUUUUCACCCGACAGGCGUCCGCCCCCAUGUACUCUUCUGUGCAAGUGACAGAAAGCCUUGAGCAGGGUUAAACUCACCUGUAAGCACUGCCUCCUGCUCAAGCAAAGACCAAAACCAAACUUUUUACACUGAGAUAUAAAGGAGAACUUGGACUGUGUGGUAAUUUAUGAACAUACGAAGGACCAAGUAACAACUCGUAGUGUGAGCAUAUUUAUCUUUUGAAGUUGUGUAUAUUUUGCAGGUAAAAAGUGAUCGGUUAACCGAUAUGCCCAAGAGGUCUAACAUACGUGUUCAUAAAGUGACAAGCGCUAACAAAAAACUAAAUAUGUCCAAGACAAGCCUUAGAGGAAUCAUCUGAAGCUGUUUGGCUUUUCUGCAUUGGUCUCGUGUUCAAAACAUCACAACAUAACAGUGGAAUUACUACACAUUUUCCUGAAAAAGUGUAGCGCCCCCUAUGGGUUGUAAUUUUAAGUCCUGUGCAUGCCCUUUUGCUUGGUGGUGGCCAUGUUUUUAAAAACACUGGCUAAAAUUUUACAGCCGUACUUGUCAGUCCCCCAAAGGUGUGUACAUUUAGUGAUUUUUGUCAUUUCAAGUCAGUACAAUUUAUGGGGUCAAACAACAGUGCCACCAUGUAUACAAGUAGGGGUCUGUGUUUUGCCAUAUUUUCACCCUUUUGUGUACAAUGGUUCAAGAGUAGAAAAGUUAUCUAUUGUCCUAUUUUUUUAAUGUGACUGUACCUCUCUUCCUUUGUAACUCUUGUGUGUCUCUGUCAUUGCAAUGUAACACACUAUAUGACAAUUCCUUGUCAAGAACUACCGGACAAAUGCUUCAUUUAACUUGCCAGUGCCUUUAUACGGUGAACGUCAACAGGGUUACAUCUGAAAUAUGCUGGUUGAUUAGUGACUUAGAUUUUAACUUUUGUUGUUUGCUGACUCAGGCAUGUGAGAAUGGAAAUAAAUAUUAUAUCUUAGUUUGCAGUUGCAGAACAGCAGGGAAAUUAGAUUACACUUUUUUCUGUUGGGGACAUUAAAGUUAGUCAAAAAUAGCACUACCAGUGUGCUGCUAUGAAACAAAAUGGUGGGCUAAAAUUCUACACCGUUUGUGCCAGUGAUUCACCCAUGUCUAUUUUGGAAUGGUGUCAUGCCAUAAACCUAAAAAGAAACCAUUUUGUUUUUAGUUCAAAUUAGCCAUUGCUUGUCUUCAUAGACAUUAUUGUUGCAUACUGAUUGAAACAGCCUUAAAAUCAUGUAUCUUUCUUAAACAUUUGACCAUACUACUCUCUAAAAAAUGUGCAGAAAAUACCACAUUGUUAGACAUCAACUGGAAUAAUAUUGCAACUUCAUGCAUAUCUUUUAAGCCAGUGGUUCUCAAACUUUUUUAUUAAGCCUCCCUUUUGAUGAGAACAAUUUUAGUGAUGAAAUUGAUAACGCUAAUAACUUCAGUCAAAACAAUGUUUAGAUUCAGAUUAAGUUGCCUUGCUGCCAACCAAUAAGAUAGUGUGUCCAGUCUUUUUUUCCUCUCCAGUUGAGAAACACUGUUUUAGCCAUACUUCCAUCCAUUACCUUCCCUAUUUCCCAUGCAACAAACUCAACACUUUUUACUUUUAUGUGAUCAUGUGAUGUUUCAACAUGUUUGCUGUAGUAUAUAAACUACCUGCAAUCCAAUUUCUAACUAAUCCUAUGCAUGUCACAUUGUAGAAUAGGCAUUCCAACACAUUCUUAAUGAUGCACUGUUUGUAAAUCUUAUCUUUGUCUUCUGUUUUCUUUCAAUCUUAUCAGCUUUCACUAAAAAGUUUGGUUUGGUGUUAGACAAUACCCCUUCCUCGGUCGUUAUGCAGACACGUCGAGUGCCUUUUAUGUUUUGUGCUUUGUUUGUAUUCCGAUGACUGUUUAUAGUGCUCGGAAACCAUGAAUGGACCUGUUUUUGAACUGUGCUUUAUACUUCUCAUGUUGUGAUGUGAGUAUGUCAUUGGUUAGAGGAAACAAAAUGUCUUUCUGCUGAGCAUAUUUGUCAGCAUUGCCUGGUAACAAUGUUUUAAAUUGCACUUCUUACAGAGUGAAUUAAUUAAAUGAGCAAAGUCGUAACAGAUGUCAGAGUGACUUUAAGUGUCUGACUUUCAUUAAAUAACGCCUAACUUGUUAUUACAUGUCUACUUUUAGUGUUCAUACAAUCGUGCAAAUUGGACAUGGAAGUUGCUUUGUUUCAUUAUGAAUGCUAGUGUGUGUGUGUGUGUGUGUGUGUGUGUGUGUGUGUGUGUGUGUGUGUGUGUGUGUGUGUUCACCGAUGCAGCAUAACAAUAGAAGUUUCAAGUCAACCAAUUUGAGAAGGGCAGUCUUCUCACGCCAUCUGAAUGUUUCAUGUAUUCUGCUUACCAAUGGAAAAUAUCUCUUAUGUUACUUACUGCUCUUACUUUUUACAUUUAGUUUAUACAGUAUAUCAUAAAGUGUGUAUGACUGUUGGACAUCCUUACAUUUACCUAAAAACA